AAAGAAAGAAAAAUUUUGAGGUAUUUCAAAUAAACCCUUAUUUCUCGGCUCAUAUAUUAUAUAUAUUAUAUACAUAUCUAGGCUAAUCGAAAGCAGUUGCGACCAAUCUCUUUCCGGAACAAAGCAACGGCAAUAAACGAAACGCAUCUGCUCCAUCGAACAUUCAUCACCUGGACCACCACUCUUUCUAUACACCACACCACACCACACCACCGCUUUUACUCCUUCCGGAAGCCCAUAGUCUAAGCCUAUCCCGUCCUUGUUUUUUAACCCUUACCGUUUCUCUUCGUAUCUAUGACCAGACUUCCGUCUCCUUCUGUCUGAUUGAUUUGACUUUGAGCUUUCUUCUUCUCCAUGGCCUGUCUCAGCGGCGGUGAGAACUGGGUCUCUCUCCCCAAAAUGCUCUCCCGCCGCGUCUCUCUCACUGAUGACAAACAGAACGGGGACGACAAGCCCAGCUUUUUCAGCCCCCAGUCUAUGGCUUACCGGUUGGAGAAGGUUUUCCCGGUUUAUGCAUUGGGGUUUAAUUCAAAGCCUGAGCUUGACUCCGAUAUGUCCGUUUCCGAUUCGGAUGACCCGAUUUGGGACGAAGUCAGAAGGGAAGCCAAGUUGGAGGCAGAAAGGGAACCAAUUUUGAGCAGCUUCUUGUAUGCGAGUAUACUGGCACAUGAUUGUUUAGAGCAAGCGUUGGGUUUUGUUCUUGCCAACAGACUUCAAAAUCCUACCCUUUUGGCUACUCAACUCAUGGAUAUAUUUAAUGAUGUGAUGAUGCGUGAUACAGGAAUUCAACGUUCCAUUCGCCUUGAUGUCCAGGCUUUCAAGGACCGGGAUCCUUCUUGUUUGUCAUAUUGUACAGCCCUGUUGUAUUUUAAGGGAUACCAUUCUUUACAAGUACAUCGAGUAGCUCAUGCUUUGUGGAACCAAGGACGCAAAGUAUUGGCCUUGGCAUUACAAAGCCGAAUUAGUGAGGUUUUUGGAGUGGACAUACACCCAGCUGCAAAAAUUGGAGAAGGAAUAUUAUUGGAUCAUGGAACAGGGGUCGUUAUUGGUGAAACUGCUGUUGUGGGAAACAGAGUUUCAUUGAUGCAGGGUGUGACUCUGGGCGGAACUGGGAAAGAAAUUGGUGAUCGCCAUCCAAAAGUUGGUGAUGGUGCACUAAUUGGAGCGAGUGCAAACAUACUUGGAAAUAUAAAAAUAGGUCAAGGUGCCAUGAUAGCUGCCGGUUCCCUUGUGUUGAAAGAUGUCCCUGCACACAGCAUGGUGGCAGGAAUACCAGCAAAGGUGAUCGGAUAUGUAGAUGGCAAUGAUCCCUCUUUAACCAUGAAGCAUGAUGCUACCAAAGACUUUUUUGAAUACGCAGCAGUUAACUUCAGAGAUGCGAGAUCAACUGGAGGUCAGGUUCCAGGAGACAGAAUCAAAGAGGGUACUUAGAGAUGUGUGGACUGAGACAGACCGAGAUAACCUUUACUACUCCCAAAUGCAAUUCAUCAUUGUUUUAAGGAGGAAGGUUUUGGGGGCUGGGAUGUUAUAUUGCUUUUAUCUUUUCUUUCCUAAUUUUCAUUAGCCGUUUUAGAGUCAUUGUUAUUUUAUAAAUUAUAUUUGUUCAAAGAGGCUCUGGUAUCAGCAGCUUUGGAAAGUUCCAAGAGAGUUUGGAUGUCAUUUUUCCCGGCACAUCAAAAUUUGGAUAAAACCUUCAGAAAAGUCUGUUGAGGUUUAAAACCAAGUCUUGGAUACUGGACACUGUGGGCCCCAGAUUAGAUGAAGGGAGAUGAAUUUAUGGUUGGGGAUUUAUCCUAUAUAUUAAAAUCA